AUGCAUUACUUAUACGUAAAAGUCGUGAAGGCCAAAAGUUUGCCACCAAAACAAGAUAACGACAACAAUUUCCCAGACCCUUAUGUUGAAAUUAAACUUGGUAAUUUUAUUGCAUGCACUACAACACAUUUAGAAAAGAACCCAAAUCCAGAAUGGAACCAAGUGUUCGCAUUCCCAAAAGAGAGAAUCCAAUCAUUAACACUUGAAACCAUCGUCAAAGACAAGUCCAUUACUGAUGUGGAUAAUUCCAUCGGUGGGAUUUCUUUCGACAUCAAUGAGCUCCCCACUAGGGUUCCGCCGGAUAGUCCUUUAGCGGCUCAAUGGUACAUGUUACAUAAUGGAAACGGAGAGUUAAUGGUGGCUGUUUGGAUGGGAACACAAGCCGAUGAAUCGUUUCCGGAAGCUUGGCAUUUGGAUACCCUUUCAGUCAACAGCGAAAAUGUCACAAAUAUUCGAUCCAAAGUAUAUCUAUCACCUAGACUCUGGUAUCUUCGAGUUCAUAUAAUCGAAGCUCAAGAAUUGCCGAUUAGAAAUAAGGAGCAAGAGAUUGUUGUGAAAGGUGCAGUUAAGAGCACUGUUUUAAGAACUAAAGCUCUCCCAAGACCUUCGUGGAAUGAGGAUUUGAUGUUCGUAGUAGCAGAACCAUUUGAUGAACAACUGGUUUUAAGCGUAGAAGAGAAGAACGGACUGAAAGAAGAAGUUAUCGGAAGGUGUUCGAUCUCGUUACAUAAUGUGGAGAAACGUAUCGAUAAUCUAGUUGUUAUCGAUAGCAAAUGGUAUAAUCUCGAGAAGAACACGGAGACACUGAGUAGCAAGAUUCAUAUACGCGUUUCUUUAGAUGGUGGGUAUCAUGUUCUUGAUGAGUUAACUCAAUACAGCAGCGACCUUCGACCAAGCUCCCGACUAUUAAGCUCCCCAAGCAUUGGGAUUCUAGAACUCGGAAUCUUGAAUGCACAAGGAUUAACACCAUUUAAAUCAAAAAGCGGUCGUGUAGCCAUGGAUGCUUAUUGUGUAGCAAAAUAUGGACAUAAAUGGAUUCGAACAAGAACAGUAAUCGAUUCUCUCAAUCCAAAAUGGAAUGAGCAGUACACCUGGGAAGUUUUCGAUCCAUGUACAGUGAUCACGAUUGUCGUUUUCUGUAAUUGCAUGGACACAAGUCCCGGGUCGAAAGAUUCCCGAAUCGGGAAAAUCCGAAUCCGGUUGUCUACCCUCGAAACGGAUAGGGUUUACACUCAUUCAUAUCCACUCAUCGUUUUAGAGCCUACAGGUGUCAAAAAAACUGGCGAAAUCCAACUUGCUGUUAGGUUUACUUGCUUUUCAGUUGUAAAUAUGAUGCAGGUUUACUCACAACCAUUGUUACCAAAGAUGCAUUACAUUCAUCCGUUGAGUAUUCUUCAGCAAUAUAGUUUAAGACACCAGGCGACUCAAAUAGUCGGGAUGAGGUUAAACAGGGCUGAGCCGCCGUUGAGGAGGGAGGUGGUGGAGUACAUGCUUGAUGUGAGUUCAAACAUGUGGAGUCUGCGGAAGAGUAAAGCUAACUAUUCCCGGAUUAUUUCGGUUCUUUCGGGUGUCAUUUCGUUUUACAAAUGGUUUGAUCAUAUACAGAAUUGGAAGAACCCAUUUGUAACUGUUCUUGUUCAUUUCCUGUUCUUGGUUCUUGUUUUCUACCCACAGAUGAUCAUGAGCACGAUGUUGUUUUACUUGAUUAUGAUCGGGAUUUGGAAGUAUCGAUCUAGAUCGAGGUACCCUUCUCAUAUGGAUGUUAAACUUUCAUAUGCUGAUAAAUUAAAUCAGGAUGAACUUGAGGAAGAGUUUGAUAGUUUUCCGACGUCGAAAACACAAGAUGUGUUGCGUGGGAGAUAUGAUCGGUUGAGAAGUGUGGGUUCUAGGGUUCAGACGGUGGUCGGUGACUUGGCAACUCAAGGAGAGAGGGUUCAAAAUUUGGUGACGUGGCGGGACCCACGAGCCACCGCUGUGUUUUUGGUGUUCUGCUUUGUUUCGGCUAUUGUUCUUUGUUUUAUUCCGGUGAGAAUGGUGGUUAUUACGACGGGGUUUUUUGUGUUGCGGCAUCCCAAGUUUAGGGUUGGGCUUCCUUCGGUGGCGAUGAAUUUUUUUAGGAGAUUGCCAGCAAGAAACGAUGGAUUAUUGUGA